CAGUCCAGCGCCUCUCCAUGGUCACCCUGGAGCCUUUGAAAGGGGCCGAUGGCAGCAGGGAGUCACCCUCCACCAGCAUUGGGGGACAAGCCAGCCUUCCUUCAGCUCCGUCCCUUGCCUUUGUCAAGGGGCAAUGCAUGCUCAUCUCACGGGCCCGCUUUGAGGCAGACAUCGGUUAUUCAGAGGACUUGAUUGCACUGUUUAAACAAAUGGAUUCCAGAAAAUACGAUGUCAAGACCAGGAAGUGGAGCUUUCUCUUAGAAGAACACAAUAAACUAAUUGAAAGGGUACGCGACAACCUUCCACAAGUUCAGCUGGAUCCCCUGCCCAAAACGCUCACCCUGGCUUUUGCUUCUCAGCUGGUGAAGACAUCUCUUCAUCCCACGGCAGAUGUCCCAGAGGCAGACCUUUCUGAAGUGGACCCCAAGCUCGUGUUCAAUCUGAUGCCCUUUCAGAGAGCUGGCGUCAAUUUUGCCAUAGCAAAAGGAGGCCGCCUGCUGCUUGCCGAUGACAUGGGCCUGGGGAAGACCAUCCAAGCUAUCUGCAUAGCAGCCUUCUACCGGAAGGAGUGGCCACUCCUGGUGGUGGUACCUUCCUCUGUGCGCUUCACCUGGGAGCAGGCCUUUCUUCGGUGGCUGCCAUCUCUGAGCCCAGAAGACAUCAACGUCGUGGUGACCGGGAAGGACCACUUGAGAGCUGGCUUGGUCAACAUUGUCAGUUUUGACCUGCUUAGCAAGUUGGAAAAACAGCUAAAGCUAAAAACCCCUUUUAAAGUUGUCAUCAUUGAUGAAUCUCACUUCCUCAAAAACAGUAAGACUGGCCGCUGCCGAGCAGCUCUGCCCCUCCUAAAGAUUGCCAAGAGGGUGAUCCUACUGUCAGGCACGCCAGCCAUGUCCCGGCCCGCAGAGCUCUACACUCAGAUCAUUGCAGUCAAGCCAACUUUCUUCCCUCAGUUUCAUACCUUUGGACUUCGCUACUGUGAUGCCAAGCGGGUGGCUUGGGGGUGGGAUUACUCGGGCUCCUCCAACCUGGGGGAGCUGAAGCUGCUGCUGGAGGAAGCCAUCAUGCUGCGGCGCCUCAAGUCCGACGUCCUUUCCCAGCUGCCUGCCAAGCAGCGCAAGAUGGUGGUGGUCGCCCCAGGGCGGAUCAGUGCCAGGGCCAGAGCUGCCCUGGAUGCUGCAGCCAAGGAAAUGACCACCAAGGACAAAACUCUUCGGCAGCAAAAAGAAGCCCUCAUUCUCUUCUUCAACAGAACAGCCGAAGCUAAAAUCCCAUCUGUCAUCGAAUAUAUCCUGGACCUACUAGAAAGUGGAAGAGAGAAGUUUCUAGUGUUUGCACAUCAUAAGGUGGUUCUGGAUGCAAUUACUAAAGAGCUUGAGAGAAAGCACGUGCAGCACAUCCGCAUCGAUGGCUCCACCCCCUCCGCGGACCGGGAAGACCUGUGCCAGCAGUUCCAGCUGUCCGAGAGACACGCCGUGGCGGUGCUGUCCAUCACUGCCGCCAACAUGGGCCUCACCUUCUCCUCGGCUGACCUGGUGGUGUUUGCCGAGCUGUUUUGGAACCCAGGGGUGCUGAUCCAGGCUGAGGACCGGGUGCACCGCAUAGGACAGACAAGCUCCGUGGGCAUUCACUAUCUCGUGGCGAGAGGCACGGCUGACGACUACCUUUGGCCCCUGAUUCAAGAGAAGAUUAAAGUUCUGGGUGAAGCCGGGCUUUCUGAGACCAAUUUCUCAGAAAUGACAGAAGCCACUGAUUACCUCUGCAAGGACCCAAAGCAGAAGAAGAUCUAUGACUUAUUCCAGAAGUCCUUCGAGGAAGACAGAAGUGAUACGGAGCUCCUUGAGGCAGCAGAGUCCUUUGACCCAGGAAGUAGUUCCCAGGACACGGGGGACACCCUGGAUGAAAGCACACUGACAGCCAGUCCACCAAAGAAAAGAAGAUUUGAAUUUUUUGAUAACUGGGACAGCUUUACUUCUCCCCUGUAAAAGGGGCAAAAAAUAAUAAUAAUGAUAAUCAUGGGAUUAAUAAAUAAGGUAUUUUAUUUU